AUGUCACACCCAAUUAACGAAGCUAAUGAAAAAAGUCCCUAUGGAGAGCUCACAAGGGAAGAAUUCUACAAGAAACACCAAAUUCUUCACCAAGAAAGCUUCAUUUUGAACAAGAAGAACAUGAAGAUCUUCACUCAAUCUUGGCGUCCGGAUUCCACUGAUUCUCAGCCAAAAGGGAUUGUAGCCAUGGUCCAUGGCUACUCCUCCGAAAGCAGUUGGCUCAACGAGCUAACUGCUGUAGCCAUAGCCAAAACAGGAUUCUUGGUUUGUGCACUUGACCUACAAGGCCAUGGCUACUCAGAUGGGUUACCUGGUCAUAUCCCAAAUAUUCAAUAUGUUGUUAGCGAUUGCAUUAAGUUUUUUGACUCCGUCAAGGCUAACAACCCUAAGUUGCCAGCCUUUCUAUACGGUGAAUCUCUAGGAGGAGCAAUUUCAAUCCUUAUAUGUUUGAAGCAAGGUUAUGCAUGGGAUGGUUUGAUUUUAAGUGGUGCUAUGUGUGGAAUUUCAGCAAAAUUUAAGCCUAUGUGGCCAUUGGAGAAGCUACUUCCUCUGGCAGCACUAUUUGCACCCGCAUGGAAAGUGGUGGUCUCAAAGCCAGUCUCUAGCAGAUCAUACAAAGAAGAAUGGAAGAGAAGGUUGGUGGCCAACAACCCGAAUCGCCGGAAGUCAGGGAAGCCACCGGCGGCGACUGCUUUAGAGUUUUUGAGGGUUUGUGAGUACAUAAGAAUGCAUUGCCAUGACCUAGAGGUUCCAUUUCUAAUGGUGCACGGGGAGGAUGAUUUUGUAUGUGACUUUAGGUCAGCUAGCUUUGUGCAUGAAUCAGCUUCAAGCAAGGACAAAAAACUGAAGGUCUUUCCUGGUAUGUGGCAUAUGUUGAUUGGUGAGACUAAGGAGAAUGUGGAGCUUGUGUUUGGGACUAUCUUGUCCUGGUUAGGAGAUCAUGCUGCCAAGGCUAAAACCAAAACCCUAAUUACAAAUUGA